GCCGUGGCCACUGUCCCGCUCACCUUGGGGGACAGGUUGUCUCUUCAGAUGAGUCGGCACAACGAUCUGCUACUGUUUGUUUCAGUAGUACUCCGAGGUUUCAGCAUUAAUAGCUAGCACUGGCCCUCCUUUCUCAGACCGGCCGAUCCUUAUGAUCCGCGUGUGCAUCGAAGUGAUUGACUGAUCUCAGUACGCGCGUCAUCGUCAUGGAGGCGGAAGCUCAGGUAACUGAAAUCGCUCGAAUAAUUCACUAGGUCCCUUGUGCCAUCUAAUUGUGUAUGGAACUUCAGGAGCAUGAAAGGCUGGCCUCGUCCUCCUCCGGUAAGGAAGCUCUUGACCAUGCAAUAGCGGCAGCGGAGCUCUACAUGAAAGCCGCCCAGCAAUCAAACAGUCCGCUUGACAAGAAGCGCUUAAAUAGGAAGUGCGAGGAGAUGGUUCUAAAGGCCGAGAGUCUUAAAAAGCCCAGUCGCACGGCUGACAGCGUCAGCAGUGUGAAAACGAGGCUCAAAGUACCUCGACAAGUCCGCCAGAUACCAGCAAGUGAAGAAAUCAUCCUAUACCGCAACUCUCGCCUCCAUGGUCAUACUUUUCCUCCGUGGGAUGCUGAUCCAGAUCCAACAUAUUUCCAUGGAGACGUUUAUAGUGACCCGGCCCCAUUUACUUUGUCGCCCAGACAGAAAGCCAUCUUAGCAGGAUGGAAGCGGCCGGCCGAGCUCUUCAAGCAGACGCCCGGACUUGGCACGGGCUCAGAUGACACUGUCGCACAAGUGACAGAUGAUUAUGAUCUCGUACAAGAUAUAACGACAGAUUGCUCAGUAGUAGCCAGUUUGUGUGCCAGCAUGAAACACCUUCAGCCGGGCCCUACUUCUAUGCUCCCUGCGCUCAUGUUCCCGGUUAAUUCAACUGAUGGGCGUCCAGGGAUCUCUGCCAAUGGUCGAUAUGUUUUUCGAAUGUUCUUCAAUGGCUGCUUUCGGAAAGUAGUCAUUGACGAUCGUCUCCCUGCUUCUUGCAACGAGCGUACUCUCUAUGUCGUCGAUCGCCAAAACCCCAACGUACUAUGGCCCGCACUGAUCGAGAAGGCGUACCUGAAAAUCCGCGGGGGUUAUGAUUUUCCAGGUAGUAACUCUGGUACCGAUCUUAGCAUUUUAAUGGGAUGGAUACCUCAACAGCUGUUCCUGCAAAGUGAUGAGGUGGACUGGAAUGCUACCUGGCGUCGAAUUAAGAAAGCCUACGACUUUGGUGACGUUAUUAUCACUCUUGGCACAGGACGUCUGUCGCCUGACGAAGAGGAAACUAUAGGCUUGGCUGGUGAGCAUGAUUAUGCAGUUCUAAACAUGUCGGAAACUCCUGAAAACAGGAAGCUUUUGGUCAAAAACCCCUGGUGUGAUGGACUUGUCUGGAAGGGGGUAGGGUCAGCCUCGUCGAAGGCACAAGACGCAACCGAUUCCCACGCCACCAAGCUCAACCCCGGGUCUUUCUGGAUCAGCUUUGACGAUGUGACCCAAAACUUUGAGUCGCUUUAUUUAAACUGGAAUCCUAGCCUAUUCACCAGUCGCCAGGAUCACCACUUCAACUGGCAGGUCCCCGAAGCUAACAUGGUUGGCUCGUUUGCGCACAACCCCCAAUUCUCACUGACAGCCGAGGGCGAUGGACAGACUUGGAUAUUGCUAAGCCGCCACUUUCAGGAUGAAGAGCUAGAAAUUUCUCGAAAACCAAAUGCCACUAUGGCAGCUGUGUCUAAUAUGCUCGGCUUCAUGAGCAUAUACAUUUUUGAGAACAACGGCCGCAGAGUGCAACUAAGUGACAAGUCAAUUUAUCGAGGUCCUUUCGUGGAUUCGCCCCAGACUCUAGCACCCUUCGAGGCUCAAAAAGGUGUCAAAUACACGGUUGUUGUCGCAGCUCAGGAUUUGCCUCUACCAAAAUAUUCCUUCACCCUAUCCUUCUUCUCACGUACGGCUUUAGACAUCGCUCCCGCUCAACACGACCUCAAGCACUACGUUGAGUUACACAGCAGAUGGACGCACCGCACCAGCGGCGGCAAUUCCGCCUCACCCCUUUAUCUGACAAACCCGCAAUUUAGCAUCACCCUGCCGGUUGCCGGGCCCCUUUCGAUCCUCAUUUCGACCGCGAAGGAGGAUAUUCCGGUGCAUAUAGAUCUCGUUUGGGCCAACGGUCGGCGUGUUACGUCUGUGACGGUCCGUGAUCUUGUUACCACCUCGGGCGACUACCGCCGUGGCUGUGCUCUUGCAUCAAUCUCUUCCGUUGAUGCAGGUACGUACACCAUCGUAUGCUCGACCUUUGAGCCCAGCCAGAUAGCUGAAUUUACGCUGCGUGUCGGAUCCGAUGUGCCGUGUACCAUCAUCCCUGUGCCUGCUGAUGCUGCGGGCCGGUUGCGCACUCAGCUUGCCCCCCUCGCAUUCUACAACGGCGAGUCUAAGAUGCGAGCUUCUAUCACCGUCGCCCGGCUCACACGCGUCAGCAUUGUUGUGACAAGGAGAAGUAGCUCAGGCGUGGUUGGUUCCACCGGUGUGGGCACGUCACGUUCGCACCCAACUAUACGGGCGACCCUUGAAAGCGGCCGCGGGCCUAACAAAGAUGUUCUCGUUUCGACAGGUCAGGGCGAUUUUCAAGAGGUCGGACUCGGACUCCGCACCGCUGAGUGCGAUAUUGACCCCCUAGUGGCCCAGUCACGGGGUCUGUGGCUAGUCAUCGAGCAAGUCGGCAGUACAUCUCUAGACGAAGGAGGAAUGCGAGUCGAGAUAUUCAGUGAUAGACAGGUGCUCGUGGGGUCCUGGGAAUCCAUAAAUUAGUGAAGUGGCAGGGAACGAGAACCCCCCAUUAUGUAUAUUCCACAAUAUAUGGAUAUCUGAUAAUCUAGUGUGGACCAAUCUAAGCGUUCUCGCUUUUGGAUCUCUGGACGAGAUUUUUUGAGUACUUAAGAGGAAGAAAGAAGCUAUUUGCUCAAGAAGAAAUAGAGAGGAAAAAACACAGUGGGAAGAAAUACCAUGCUAUUGCACACGCUUGUCUACUAUAUCUAUUCGAUAAUAGAUAUCGUGCUCUUGCUGAUCUCAAUGGUUAUCUAUGGACAAAUAGCUACAGCACAACGCUGCGAGGGAAAUGAGAAUGAAGUGAAUAAGAGAGAAUGAUGCAAACAACAUGUGCAACCUGAGUAUACAGCUACACUUAAGGUCACCUAAGGUUGAGUCUGUUUAGGUCUUGACAUGCUAAAUGAGUUGGAACUGACAGGCACUCAUACACCAAUACCACUAGCUAGGAGAUGUCAGGUA